CCCUACACUCUUGUUUUGUUGGUGCAGCAUACAUCUCUGAGUCCUGACGGGAAGCUUGUUGUAAUUGUUGGGGAUGAUCCUAAUGGUUUACUUAUUGAUGCCAAUUCAGGAAAGACUCUUCAUUCCAUGAAAGGUCAUCAUGACUUCUCAUUCGCAUCAGCCUGGAGCCCUGAUGGCCGAACGUUUGCUACUGGGAACCAAGACAAGACAUGCCGAAUCUGGGACGCGAGGAACCUAUCAAAAGCAGUCCAUGUAUUGAAGGGUAACCUUGGAGCCAUCAGAUCAAUCCGGUUUACGUCGGAUGGGCAGUUCCUGUCGAUGGCGGAACCAGCGGACUUUGUCCAUAUCUUUGACGUGAAGAGCGACUACAACAGAAGGCAAGAGCUAGACUUCUUCGGCGAGAUAUCUGGGAUGUCCUUCAGCCCCGACACAGACGCCCUCUUCGUCGGCGUGUGGGAUAGAACAUAUGGUAGCCUCCUCCAGUUUGGGCGUCUGUAUAACAACUGGUACCAUGACUCGCUGCUUUGAGGAGAAAGCGGAGCGGAUGUCGGGCCUGCAUGUCUGUCCCCCCACAGCUGCACUGAAUCUCGCAGCAUAAGUUAGGUGUCUCCCUGAAAUCGGAAUUUCUCGAGUUGACCUGCAUAAUUCAAAUUAAUAAAUGUUGUAUCCUUGUAUGUGUAUAAACAAAUGUACAGAUGCCUAUAGCCUGUGUGCCGGGGUAGAGCGCAUCUCAUCAUAUAUGUUUAGGUUCCAGUUAGUUGUAAGACAUAUGGUGUGCCGGGGUCGAGUGACGCUGUGAACAUUGUAGUCGAUGAUGGUGUGACUUGUACGAUGAACGACAUCCGCUUCACCUGCCCUAUGUUCUGCCUGUUAAUUGUAUGUAGUUUGCUUGA